AUGAGCGUCACUACCACCGUGGUCAAAGGGCCUUUAAAUCUCGCCAACCCACCCUCAGUAUUCUCGACCAACCCAAUUCUCUCAUGGUACACAAAAUAUGCGGUGGACUUCAGCAUCGCCAAAACCACCACACCCCCGACCAAAUACUACGCGUCUACCGCGACCCUGGUGAACACUGAUCGAUCUGUCAUCUGUGGGGCCAAAGAGAUUUGGAACUACUACAUCGAUCUCUACGGACAAUUCGAGCGUUGUGCGCACGACUUAAUCUCAAUCGUUGUUUUGAGUGAUGAAACAUCUGGCAAGCAUACCGCCAUUGUGGAGACUACGAACAACUUGCAUCUCAAAGAUGGAAAGGGAAUAGUACCGCUGCCCCAAGCCUUUGUCUAUGAGAUUGCCGAAUCUGAGGAAGGAUCCGGCACGGAUGGCCUACAAAUUUGGCAAAUAAAAUGUUACUUUGAUAGGGGGCUGCUGGAGAGGGCGGCGAGCUCCUAA